UCUGCUCCCCACGUCUCCUACCCAUACACAUGUCUGCCACCAAUAGACACAUCUGCUUCAGCCGUCUGGUCUUGCUCUGUGAUUACCACACUCUACACCUUGGCUCAGCCCAGUUCUCAUUGUUUCUGGGUUACUUGAGGGCAGGAAGACUUGGCUGCAUGUAGUGUUUGUUCUACACCAGUAGCUUCUUUCCUAGUGAGGGAGGCAUGCAUCAGCAUACAGAUGUAAACAGCAACGGAGUGAGAUGUGAACCACGCUGAGUUACAAAAAUUACAUGCAACAAGACUUGAUGACUUUGCCAUGACAAUAUUUAAAUUAAGCUCAACUGUCAUCAUCAUCAUCAUCAUUAUCACUGUUUUCACCAUUUUUGUCGGAUCCACUCAUAAAAAGGAGGGAGAAACAUGGCCAGAAACAGACAUCACAUUUUCAAUGGGACACUACCCUACAUCAUACUGCCGUAUGACAAAUAUCAUUCUGGAUACCCAAGAGAAAGUAUUUAAAUACAGAAAAGUUGAAAAUGAUAAUUCCCUGAAGAAAACCUGUCUCUUUACUGAUGACAUUUGGCCGUUUGUGAAUGUGGCCUCUAAUAUCACUUCUGUUCCUGCAUGUGAUGUGAAGUUCAACAAGGGACAUGUUUUCACAAUGUACUACUUCUUCGGAAGCAACUACUUCCACCUCCAUUACGACAUGAUGCUGCCGCUGUAUUCCGCUGUGCACCGUCUGCCUCAAGGACAACUCAAGGACGUUGUGUUUAUGCCGUCUGUUGAAAGCAGAAGACUCCAGUAUAUCAACUGGGAGACUGAAGCCUUUAAACGACCUGCAUACUGGAUGGAGAUGCUUAAGGUGUUAACACGACCACACACGGUGAUGCCUUUGGAUUCUGACCUGAUACAGCAAGGCAAAACUAUUUGUAUGAAGGUCGCAUAUUUUGGGACCCCAUCAAUAGACAUUGAGAAUAUUGAUCUCAUUAACUCCUAUGUGAAAUUCAUUAAAACUCGACUCGGAGUGGCCCACAACAGAGUGAACUCAACACUGAUUGGCAUAAUAUCACGAUCGACAAGAAGAAAGAUUCUUAAUGAACAAGAGCUGUUGAAGGAAGUAUCCAAAUUUUCCGCAGUAGAAAUGGUAGAAUUUACAGGGAAAACAUUUAAAGAACAGAUUGAAUGUGUCCAGAAAUAUUCAGUCUUGGUUGGAGUUAAUGGUGCUGGUCUAACAAACGCCAUGUUUUUAUCACCGGGGGCUGUGGCAGUUCAACUGGUUCCGUUCAACGCCACGGUAAAUUACAAAACAUUUGCACAAAUACUCCAAUGUCGAGGGCCUUACUUGGAGUGGCACAACAGACACUCAAAUCUGACUCACGAAUCUCGCCACGACACAUAUCGAAGUGCUCCAGAUACGACGGUCCAUGCACAAGAAUUUGUCGGGUUAAUGAAGCAGGCUUUGUCUCUUGUAAACAGUGAUCCACAUGCAUAUUACAAAACUGAAUUGUGACCGAAGUACAUAUAUUUACGGGCCAUUUUAUAUAAGAUUUUCCUUUUUGUCCUGUCUAAAACACUCUGUUUACUGCAAACAAUUAAAAAUUAUCUGAAGAUUGUAGAGACCAAAAUCUGUAUAUAUCGGGUGGAACAAUAAAUAAUAACCCUACUGAAUAUGCAUGAAAUUGGCUAAUAUGGGGCUAUUUUAAUAUUUCACACUUAUUACUACAUGUACAUGGAUAUUUGCCACAUUCAGUGGAAACCAUAGGCCCAUAGGUAAAAAAUAAAAAAAUAAAAAUAGCAACAGAUUCAAAAUUGUAUUUUUUUUUUUAAAUGGGAAGCCAAAAUCUAAGUUAAAAUUUAUCUACCUUAAAGUUUAUUUUUAUCAUGGCAGUAUUAACAGAUAGACCUAAUGAACUAAAUGACAAAAUAACAGAGAAGAAAUCACAAAAAAGUAUUUGUUUAACAACACCACUAGAGCACUCUUUUUUUUUUCUUCAGUCAUUGGCUAUUGGAUGUCAC